AUGGGGGUAGCAUCUUAUUCAUAUCAGACAACGUUAAUCUCUAUUCUUCAUGGUAACUGGGUACUGGGAGAAGCUCACUGCCGUGCCAGUUCAGCCUUGCUGAUUGUAUGCAAUGCAUCAUCAGUGUAUAACAUCACAGCCAUUGCAAUUAAUAGGUACUUCUGUAUCUGUCACAGUGCGAGAUAUGAGAAAAUGUACACCAAGAGGAAUACAUGUAUCAUCAUUGGCAUUGUGUGGGCAAUGGGCAUUUCUACCUGGAUUCCCAUGCAAGUUCUACAUAUGCUGAAAUAUGAUCCAGUUGUGUUUGCUUGCACUGUUGUACGUCCUACAAAUCCAGUUUAUACUCUCAUUUUAGAACUUAUUCACUUUGUAACACCUACAACUGUAGUUUUAUUCUGUUACAUAAAUAUCUGGAUACUGAUCAUUCAAGUGAAGUAUCGUGUUAGACAGGACGCCAAGGACAAGUUAAAGCCAAAUGAACUGCGACAAUUCUUUUUAAUGUUUCUUGUUUUUACUGUUUAUAUUCUCUGCUGGGGUCCUUAUAGUGUCAUUGGUUUAGUCCUCUAUAUAAACCCUAAAGUUGAAGAGAAGUUGUCAGACUGGUUUGUUGUUAUAAUAUACUUUUUAACACAGUUUCAUAGUGGUAUGAAUGCAAUUAUUUAUGGGACUUUCAAUAAAAAUUUCCGUGAUGAGUAUAAAAACAUCAUGUUAUCUGUUUUUGCAAAAUUAUUUAGAAUUACAUUUAAGAAGAAAUAG